AAAGGCAGUUUGAAGGGACACUAGUGGACAGACUGCCACUGAUGGAAAACCACUGUCUGGAAUAUUGCAUGUUGAAUCUUCAUUUUGGUGCACUGGAUUAAAAUCACUUAUUUCUAUCAGGAGGUGUGUUAUGCUGCUGAGGAGCUAUACCUUUGGCUGUUGUAUGACUCUAUGCAACACAAAGGGUAAACACUUUCAAGGGAGACAUUUUCCUCUGCCUGAAACGUGACCUUCGCAGAAGCAUCUCUUUCUGUCCAGGUUGGAAGAGGGCAGAGUAUAUCCUCCAUUCACUUCAGAAGAAACAGAGCUCCCCUGCGAUAUCCACAGGCCUUGCGUGAGGAUGGUCAGAGUGAAGACCACAGACCUGGCCCCCACAGCCACCGUCAAAUUCUUUGGAGCUGGAACAGCUGCCUGCUUUGCUGAUCUGGUCACCUUUCCCUUAGAUACAGCCAAAGUCAGGCUUCAGAUCCAAGGAGAAUCCAGGAGUCUGGAUAGCAGCAAGGCGAUGAAGUACAGGGGCGUGUUCGGCACCAUCACCACCAUGGUGAGGACAGAGGGGCCCAGCAGUCUGUACAACGGGCUGGUGGCCGGGCUCCAGCGCCAGAUGAGCUUUGCCUCGGUCCGGAUCGGACUCUAUGAUUCCAUGAAGCAGUUCUACACCAGAGGAUCUGAGCAGGCGGGUAUUCUCAGCCGACUGCUCGCGGGCUGCACCACAGGGGCCAUGGCAGUGGCUUUUGCUCAGCCCACCGACGUGGUCAAAGUGCGGUUUCAAGCCCAGGCCAGGCUGGCAGAUGGCAUCAGGAGAUACAGCAGCACCAUGGGAGCCUACAAGACCAUUGCCAAGGAUGAAGGCGUCAGAGGCUUGUGGAAAGGAACCUUCCCUAACAUUACCCGUAAUGCCAUUGUGAACUGUGCAGAGCUGGUGACUUAUGACAUCAUCAAAGAGCUCAUCUUGAAAUAUGACCUCAUGACAGAUAACUUGCCUUGUCACUUCACUGCUGCUUUUGGGGCUGGUUUCUGUACAACCAUCGUGGCGUCCCCGGUGGAUGUGGUGAAGACGCGCUUCAUGAACUCCACCUCUGGACAGUACAGCAGCGCUCUAAACUGUGCCAUCACUAUGCUCACUAAAGAAGGACCCGCAGCUUUCUACAAGGGGUUCAUGCCUUCCUUUCUGCGCCUGGGAUCCUGGAAUAUUGUGAUGUUUGUUUCCUAUGAGCAAAUCAAACGAGCUGUAACGAGAGCCCAGCAGUCAUGGGAAUCUCCAGUUUGAACCGAUUUUCCUUUCUGGAAUCACUGAACAAGAAUAUAGUAAGGGGAAAAUGUUUACAUUGGUGUGAUUGGUUGGUAAGGUGUACAAAUAGAAGUACUGAAGAACCAGACAUUGUUUGUUCCAUCGCUGGUCGAUGUAUUUGAAACAUGUUCUUUGUAUAUAUUGGUGUUUUCUACUUAUUCACUGUAUAAUAAAUCUUCCAAAAUCUG